CCCCCGCCACAUUCCAGCGCAUAAUUAACUCGGUGUUGGGUGCAUUACGGUGGGAUAUAACAUUGGUAUAUCUGGAUGACAUAAUCAUAUACUCACCAUCGUUCAACAAACACGUACAACAUCUGGACCUCGUACUAGACGCAUUAGAAAAAGCCAAUGUCAAACUGAAUGCAGGCAAAUGUUCAUUGGCACGAAAACAACUCGACUAUCUUGGCUUCCGCAUCACUCAAGAUGGUAUUAAACCAACAACAAUGAACGUAAAGAAAACCAUUGAUUUUCCGACUCCCACAUCAACUAAAGCAGCCUACUCAUUCGUUCAAAUGGCACAAUUUUACCGCCGGUUCAUCAAAGACUUUGCGAGCAUCGCCGCUCCGUUGAAUAUGUUCAAGAACAAAAAUGCCACAUUCCAAUGGACAAGAGAAUGCCAGCAAUCGUUCGAUACCUUGAAAGAAAAAUUAUCUCAAUAUCCAUUACUGGCAUUCUACAAUGGAAAGUCCAAAUUAAAAGUGAAGAUCAAUACCGAUGCAUCCAAUACUGGUAUAGGCGGAGUUUUACACCAAGUCUCCCCAGACGGUCAUCUACAACCAGUUCAAUAUUUGUCACGAUCAUUGUCCAAACGAGAACAAAAAUAUUCGGUCGUCGAAAAAGAAUGUUUGGCUAUGGUGUGGUGUAUUACAAAAUUACGACCGUAUUUAUAUGGACGAGAAUUCACUCUUGUUACCGAUCAUCAUCCGUUAUGCUGGCUGAACAAACAAUCAUCCAAGAAUGGUCGCCUAGACCGUUGGUCAUUACAACUACAAGAAUACUCGUUCGAUAUUAAACAUACAUCUGGUUUAUCCAAUUGUGUUGCCGAUUGUUUAUCCAGAUAUCCAAUUGAAAAACCGGAUGACAUCGUCGAAGAACAGCUGGAAGUAAUGCACGGUCAAAUUAACAACAUUCACAUGGCUAUCUCUUCACCAUUCGACUCCAGCAAAAUCCAAGAACAACAGCAACAAGACAAGACAAUCAAACAAUUAUAUGAUCGAUUGACAAGGGGACAACAUCGACAAUCAUACGUGUUAGAAGUUGGACUUCAAGCUGCUCUAACGGAAUUUCCUUGA